AUGUCGCCAUCAGUCCAACCCCAACCGACUGGAUUUUCUCUGCAGCCUACUGGUCUCGCUCCACAGCCGACCGGAUUCGCCGGCCAGCCCUCCCCGUUCGGUAACUCGCAGCUACAGCCUCAAGCCACCGGAUUCCCCGCAGGACAGCUCCAGCCGCAAUUCACUGGCUUCCCCGGCGCCGCGCCCCAGCAACCUCAGCAGCAGCAAGCGCAAAGCUUCCAAACACAAUACACUGGAUACCCUCCCCAGAACCAAGCGCAGCAGCCGCCUCCGGUGCCGCAGAUACCAACUCGAUUCAAGACCUCCAGCGAUAUCGCGAACUCCUUCCAAGAUGCCGCUGGCUCUGGGGCGCCCCCUCAGGUGCCGCCAAAGACAGGAUCAAAGAUCCCAAACAUUCGGCUUUCUUUUAUCACGGCACAGGACCAGGCGAGGUUCGAGCAGCUCUUUAAGUCUGCGGUUGGCGAUAGCAAGACAAUGGAUGGCGACAAAGCAAGAGAUCUUUUGUUACGGUCCAAGUUGACGGGCGGUGAUCUUUCUAAGAUCUGGGUUUUGUCUGAUACGACCAAAUCUGGACAGUUGUUCUUCCCCGAAUUUGCAUUGGCCAUGUACCUCUGCAAUAUUCGUAUCACCGGCCGCGAGCUCCCUUCUUCCCUACCCGAGACGGUCAAGAAUGAGGUUUCUAGUAUGGUUGACAUCAUCUCGUUCGAUGUCCCCGACACACAGCCGGCGGUCCAACAGCGAACAAACGUCCCCAACUUUGAUGCACCUCUCAUGGAGAACAAGUCGACGCCCCCAAUUGUUCAGCAACCUGUCCCGCAACAACCCAACAACGCCCAGCUCCUGUCGCAGCUGACAGCACAGCCUACUGGAUUCUUUCCCCAGCAGACGGGUAUACAGCAGGCUAACCCGACUGGCUUCCCUGGCCAGAAUCAGCCUCAAUUCCUUCAGCCUCAACAAACCGGUUUCAUGACGAAUCCACAGGCUACGGGAUAUACUGGCCCUCGGCCUCCGAUGCCGCCAAUGCCUACUGGUUACGGCUCGAACCUCAGCCCCGCUCAGACCGGUGGGAUGCAAGGCCUGGGUGUGCAGCCUACGGGUCUGGUACCGCAACCUACGGGAAUACCAGGUCAAUGGGGAUUCAUCAACACACCAUCGCAGGGUUUGCCAAAUAUCGAGGCUAUGAAGCAGCAACUCAUGCCGCAGCCUGGGCGUGAGGGUGGUUUCAGUACUGUUGGUCUUUCGGGAAAUGCUACAGUUGCCUGGGCAAUUACGAAGGAGGAGAAGAAGAUUUACGAUGAUCUUUUCCGUGCAUGGGACGGUUUCCGCAAGGGUUUCAUCAGUGGCGAGACUGCCAUCGAGAUCAUGGGCCAAAGUGGUCUGAAUAGAAAAGAUCUGGAACGGAUCUGGACCCUGGCUGAUCCCCACAACCGCGGGCGGCUGAACAUGGAUGAGUUCGCCGUGGCUAUGCACAUGAUCUACCGUGCUCUGAACGGAUACCCAGUUCCUAGCCGUCUACCACCCGAGCUUGUUCCUCCUUCUACAAGACACUUGAAUGACUCUAUCGGUACAGUCAAGUAUCUCCUAUCCCAGGAUGCUGAAAACCGCAAGGCUACAGGGGCGUUCCUGCAGCCACAGAAGACCGGUGUCAGUUAUCUUAAAGAUCAUUCCUUCCGUGGUGGUGCAGCAGGCUCUUCUGGGGCCAGUCGCAAGGAUGCGACGGUUUUCAAGAAUAAUGACUCCGCUGGUGGAUACCGCUCUAGUGCACGCCGUCGCGUGGCUAACGAGGCUCGUACCCCGUCGCCGGCUGCAUCUGGCGCAUCCGAGGAGGAGUAUUCUGUGGAACAGCUGAAAAAGAAGAUCCACGAGGCCAAGGUCAUGAUUGAUGCUGCCGACUUCCAGGAUGAGAACCGAGCCGAGGAUGAUGACGCUCUAGACCGCCAGGAUCGCCGCGAGGCAGAGAGUCUCAUGGACCGUAUCCGUCGUGUACAGGACGAUCUCGAUACUCACCCCAACGCCUCAUUCCGUCAAGUGGACAGCGGAGCAGAUCGAAGGGCUCUUCGUCGCCAGCUGCAGUCUUUUGAAGAUCAAGUUCCUCAGGUUGCAUCUGAUGUGCGUCGUCUCGAGCGUGAAAUCGCGGACGCGAGGCUUGAGCUCUUCCGUCUCAAGGACGCCAAGGCACACCCCGGUGGUGCUUCUAAUAUCAUUGGUACUGGCCCUGGUGGCACUGUGACUGAGGCAGAUCGCAUCAAGGCUCGCGCGCGUGCGCGUAUGCAAGCGCGGGCUGCCGAGCUUUCUGGGCGUCCCGCACCCGCAACGGAAGAUGACGAUGGCCAAGCGGCUCGUCGUUUAGAGUCCGAGAGCAAUACCGUGAAGAUGGAGCGGGAGCGCAACGACACUAUGACUCGUGAUGUCGAAGAAAGUGUUCGUGAUUUCGCUCACAGUUUGGAGGACAGUCUUCGGGACGAGGGCCAAAACUCCACACGUGAGCAUGAGAAGCGUCGUUGGGAAGAUGCAUUGGGAGUUGAAGACGUCAUCCGCGACUUCAUCUACGACUUGAGCCGCAAUGCGCGAACAGCAAAUGUUCGCAAAGAAGAACGAGAGAGACCUUCCCUAGAUGCGCAUUCUCGAGCAUCCCCAGCGGCCGAAUCUGCUGCUGCGCGCCCUUCGAUGCCCACAUCCGUGCACUCGUCAAGCUCUCUUCCUGGUAACACACAUGAAGAUCGUGUGGCGGCUGCUCGGGAGCGUGCACAGAAGCGCAUUGCUGAGCGCAUGGCGGCUGCUGGUCUGAAGCCAAAUGACUCCAGUGAGACUCUUGCGCAACGCCAGGAGCGUGAGAAGAAGGAGCGCGAAGAUCGUGUCAGACGCGCCGAGGAAGAGGAUGCUAAACGGGAAGAGGAGAGACAACGUCGCUUGGCUGAGGAACGGGGUGUUCCUAGUGAUGCAGCCCCGAAGGCUGUGGGCAAGAAACCCCCACCGGCGCCGCCCACCCGCAGGGCUCGGACGGAUAGUGCCGGCCAAGCCGAUGCUAAGAAGGCAGAGGAAUCCGCUAAAAUGGAGCAGGCUGCCCGCGAGCAGGCCAUUAAGGAAGAACAAGAGGUGCAGGAAGCCGAGACUAAGCGCCUAGAGAGUGAGGCAAGCCAAGGGGAGUUGGAUUUCCAACGCGAGAAGGAUGCUCAGGCUGCUCGACUUCGUGCUCUCGAGGAACAAGUCCGCCAAGGCAAAAUCAAGAAGCAAGAAGAGAAGCGCCGCCGGGAAGAGGCUAGCCGACAGGCCAAAGAGCAGGAAGCCAUUCUUGCAGCCCAGCGCGUUGAACUGGAGGCGGCCAAGGAACGUGAGCUACAGCUGCAGCGUGAACUCGAGGGACUUGACGAGUCAUCGUCCGAUGACGAAGGCCCUGCCGAUAUUACGCCUCAGUACAGCACCCCGACGCAGAGCCAGACCCUCCCUACCCCGCCUCCUGUGCCCACGAUAGCUAUUCCUGAGCCUCCUGCCCCCACGAUAGCUAUUCCUGAGCCUCCUGCCCCCACGAUAGCUAUUCCUGAACCUCCUGCCCCCGAAAGCGUGCCUAGCGAGAUUGGCUCCCCCGAAAGCAGCCGUGGUGUUCCUGGGCUCACGCCCGAUGCUGAGUCCAAAAACCCGUAUUUCAAGAACAAAAGCCAGCCAUCCGACCCCAUCCAAGCGACCUCGCCACCUGCUACAGCUCACCCCCUGGAACGUAAGACUCGUGCUCGCCCCGAGGAAGACGACGACUGGUCCGCUGCCGGCUCUGACUUCGAUUCAUCUGAUGAUGAGGACGACCGCCCAACCGGCGGCAGCGCCAAACAACUUGCUAGCAUCCUGUUCGGCACUAUGGCACCCCCACGUCCUCUGAGUGCCAUGGACGACGACAAAUCUGCCUCGAAAUCUGCUACCCCGGUACAAGAAAGCCCAAUUGCACCUCCGCCCCCACUCCCAGCAACUCUGCCUCCUCUUCCUGCUAUCCCAAGCCCUGGCGAUGCCGUAUCCCCAUCACCCGCGCCAUCUGCAGGAGCUCCACCUCCACCUCCCCCUCCGCCUCCUCCCCCAGGAGCUGGUGCUCCUUCUAUGGCCCCGCCCCCGCCUCCUGGCGGAGCCCCCUCUGCUCCCCCGCCACCUCCGCCAGCUGGCAUCCCACCUCCACCUGCUCCCCCGGCCGCGGCCGGUGGCGCUGGAGCUGGCCGAGGCGCCCUCCUUGCGUCCAUCCAGCAAGGCAGGACCCUAAAGAAGACUCAAGUGAAUGAUCGUAGCACAAGCUCGUCGGCAGGACGCGUGCUGUGA